AUGUCUUUUCAUGUCGACUUCACAGGGCAUGAGACUCUGAAAUACUGUCGUCUUCACUUCUCAACGACCAAUCCAAAGCGGGACAGAAACGAAGAUAACUACUGGAAUUUUCUCAGAUUGCAAAUUUGGCCCACCGAGGACUUUGCCCACCUUUCUGACGCAGCCUCAGAUUUAGAUGUUUCUCAAGCCAGGUCACAUAGCUCAAGCAGCAACUUUAGCGAUUAUGAUCAGAUAAUAGACAUCGUGGAAGACGCUUUGCCCCGGUCUCUGAUUUCGGGAGGCACAGACAGCGGUAGUGAUGAGUCCGCGCCAUCCACGAAACGUCACGGAGGUCCGCUGAGUCGAAGUAGCUCAGCUGAUAUCCUUGAAAAUAAUGGUCGAUAUCGUCCCCGUCCAUGUUCACGCGAUAGUGACAGCGAUGAAAGUAUUUCGGCCAUUCCAGAAGAAGAUAGUACAGGGUCUAUUUCAUCCCAAAGACUGGCAAAAGAAUGGCUUGAUCGCUGUCAGAAGAAUGAAGAUGGACAACAUGUGGAUUGCGAUUCGUCAGAGGGCACAUGGCUUCCAACUCGGCUCCUAGAUGUUAGACAUGCAUCAAAGACCUCAGUAUUGCGGCUGGGAUCAUCAAGGGAGGUUUCCGAUGCUUUGCCCAAGGAAAAGAGGUAUAUUACACUGAGUCAUUGUUGGGGGAAGUGGGGCUCAAAAGAGAUGCCCGUCCUGACAUCUGCGAACGAGCGGGAUAGACAUGAGAUAGGCAUCAGUAUCGAGAAAAUACCGCAGACAUUCCGAGAUGCUAUCACAGUCGCCCAAUGGUUUCAAGUUCGAUGGCUUUGGAUAGACUCUCUGUGUAUCAUCCAGGACAGCGAUGCCGAUUGGCGACGCGAGGCUUCGCUGAUGGAUCGAGUCUAUAAGCAAGGGUACUUCAACAUUUCCGCAGACUGGAAUGCUGAUGCUCGGGAUGGACUCUUCAACCCCCGCUCCCCGAUGAGGGUUCAGCCUCUAACAAUAGAAUUGCCGGAGAUAGGACAGACUAUCCAAUUGACCGUUGAUGAGCGUGAUAUGUUUGACUGGGUCAACACUGCCCCCUUAUCCCAGAGAGCUUGGGUGUUCCAAGAAAGACAUCUCGCACGACGGAUUUUUCACUUUACCGAGCGGGAGAUGUUUUGGGAGUGCUGCUCCAAAGCACCAUACUUUGCAAGUGAAACAUUCCCAAAUGGCGCACCACGCUUCUAUAACAAGCGUAACAUGCUGUUAAAGGAUUCCACGAUCACACCACUGCGACCGGCAAUCGAAAUACAUGAACUUUGGGGUGACCUUUGCGAAAUGUACUCGGAAAAGAAGCUAAGCAACCCGACUGAUAAGUUGGUAGCUAUUUCAGGACUAGCAAAGGAGUUCCAAAAGCUCCUACCUGAUGACAUCUACUUUUCAGGCAUGUGGUGGUCUACUUUCCCUCUGUGUCUUCGCUGGAAAUCCCGAGGUCGUCCUAUUCAGGAAGAGCUCUUAGAGGCCCCUUCAUGGUCCUGGGCCUCGAUUGACGGCGAGGUCAAACUAAAUACAAGGGUUUUUCCAGAGAGCUCAAGUUCUCCACCAUCAAACUUGGAACGACAUCAAUAUUAUCGUGGAGUCAUCAACAUACAAAAUGGUCCCCUCUCUGGGGAACUACUCGAUGGUAAACAGACCAACGAGCUCGUCAUCUCCGGCUUCCUCAGAAGAAUAACGCUUGUCAUCUCUGGCACCCUCAAGAUGCUGAAAUAUUGGAACAAAAACAAGUUGAUACCCAUGAUGAAUGACAAAAAAACGAACCUAUUCUUACACGACGGUAACCAGCAAUACGAGCACGAGGCUGCUGACGUUGAAAGCGAUCUCGACACGGGAGAAAUUUGUGAGACCAUAGACGGUUACAUCUUAUUCAUUGGCGCUUAUCAUGGAGAGAAGCGGGCAGAAAUCGACGGCUUACUACUAGAAAAGCGAAGCACUGAGCCCAACACGUUCCGACGAAAGGGAACCAUCUCCGUCUCGGGAUAUGCUGCGAUUGCUUUGAGGUACAAGGUCAAACCGGAUGUCUCGAACCAGCAAGAAGUAUGGAAAUCUUUUAAGGACGCUCUGGGACCACAAUCUGAUGAGCAGGGAUGGGAUCACGGGCUCGCUGACGAGAUGGACGGCCAAUCUGAACACAACAACCCAAGUGUGAGGAAGCGCAGGGGUGAAGGGCCGCUUUAUGACCAUUGUUGGGAGUUUGACGAUAGUCAGCUUGAGCAAUUGACGCCGCAGACAGUCAAGCUUGUUUGA